AUGGACUGUAAUUCGGGAGCCCAGUUAGGAUGGCAGUUCAACAAGGAUGUCACGAUGUUUCAGGGAAAUACACAACAGAACCCAACGAUAUCCGACACUGACAACCUAAUGCAAAUGCCUAUCAUGCAUCCCGCCAUGAUCCAUCCCACCGCAGGUGCCGAAUGGGCUCAGGCCUUCCAUAAUUCUCGAAACGCCGGGAUUGCACGACAUACCAAUGAGAUGGAGCAGGCUUUUCUUGCAUCCCAACAAACUAGUGUGGCCCCGAUGGCAGUGAUAGCGGGUGGUCCACACACCAUGAACCAACAACAACAUCAUAUGGCGAUGAUGAGCGGAAUGAUGGGGGCCAACAUGGGUUCCGGGUUGAUGUUGCCCCGCACACAAUAUCAAACCACCCCCCUUAACCUCACGCAAACACAACAACAAGAGGUGUCGACCGCUCAAAAUACAAACAUCCUCCCACAGGAGGACUGGACUACGCAGCUAGCCCAACAACAAUGGGCCCAGGACUACGCAAAUGUCGAAAACUUCACGCUGGAAAAUCAAACGGCGGAGUCGGUUGAAGAAAAAACCAAAAACAGCGAGUUCUAUUCCUUCAUGGAUCGCAUCCGUAAUCGUGAAGUUCUCAUCGAUGAAGAGAAGGGAGAGCUAGUCUCAGGACCCGGACCAGAACCAGUGGUGAUGGAGGAUAUGGAAUAUCUCAAGACUUGGUGCAAGGAUGAGAACAUAAACAUGCCGGAUGAGGUAUUCCAUCCGACGCAAAUGGACGGAUUCGGACCCGCCAUUGAUGCCACGCAGGAAGUUGAUGAUUGGGCUCGGGAAUAUAUGAAAAAUCAAAAAUACGCUGAAGAAGCCGCCAACUCAACCGACUACCCGUUCGAACCCAACAAUCCGUACGUCCACCAUGACAACCCCUACGAGGACGGCCUGCAGAUGCUUCAGUUGGGGAACCUCGCAGAGGCUGCCCUGGCGUUUGAGGCGGAAUGUCAACGACACCAUUCGCACUUUGAGGCAUGGCGUAUUCUGGGGACGACGCAAGCGAAUAAUGAAAAGGACGCUUUGGCUAUCGUCGCGCUUAAUAACGCUCGUCGGAUUAACCCGCGAGAUCGCGAGGUCCACGCGGCGCUGAGUGUCUCGCACACAAACGAGCACAAUUCCGACGCCGCCAUCGAUUGUCUGAAGCAAUGGCUGCUAAAUCACCCGGAGUAUGAGCAACUCGCUCAAAUCCCUAUUGAACCGGAUCAAGUGGGGGAUUUCGAUACCAACGAUACGUACUUUUUCUCCGAUCCAAUCAAAAUGCGUGAGGUCGUCACCCUAUACCAUGCCGCCUUGGAGUUAAACCCGAACGAUGCGGAUCUGUACACUAAUCUUGGGAUUAUCUACAACAUCUCACAUGAUUUUGACUUGGCGGCGAAGAACUUCCACCGAACUGUGGAGCUUCGGCCAAAUGACGCCAAGGUGUGGAAUAAACUCGGCGCCACCCUCGCCAAUGGCAGUCAUUCGGAACAGGCAUUGGAGGCAUACCAACACGCCCUCGAUGUCGAUCCUGGCUACGUGCGCGCGAUGUUCAACAUGGCGGUGGCCUACAAUAAUGUUGGGAAGUAUUUAUUGGCCGCCAAACACGUUGUGCGCGCACUGGCCAUGCAGCAAGGCGGUACGGAACCGAAAGGCGAAGGAAACCUGAUCGCGACGCGCGGAAUGUGGGAUUUACUUCGCAUGUCUCUUAACCUGAUGGAUCGACAUGACCUUGUGGAUCUGACCUAUAAGAUGGACCUUGCACCGUUCAUUAGGGAACUCGAUCUAGAGGGUAUGGUCUAA